GUGUCAGUGUCAUAAACACGUGUGGUGUGAUUAUUAUUUGUUUGUUGUUUUUUAUUAUUUUGUUUUAAUGUGUGCUAGUCUUAGCAAAGUUUGUAAGCAAAUAAUCAUAAAUUACUGCAGCUAUAAUAGAUAAUAGUAGAUAAGCGAAAAAUAUUAGUUUCUGUUAAAAUGAGUUGCACACACUGUGAACAAAUUGCAAAAUAUAAAUGCCCCGUGUGUAGAGUGCCAUAUUGCUCGGUGCCGUGUUAUAAACUUCACAAACAAAGUCCUUGCACUCCACCAGAAGAGCCACCGAAAGAAACAAGUUACUCCAAUACUAGAGAAAUAGAAUAUGAUUACCCUACGGAAGACACAGUGCCAGUUGAAAAGUUAAAAUUACUAGAACAAUCAACAGAGUUGAAGAAAUGCUUAGAGAAUCCUCAUGUGAGAGAGAUAUUAGAUAUAUUGGAUAAUUCUCCAUAUCCAGAUGAAUUGAUGAAGAAAUAUAUGCAGGAGCCCAUUUUCACAGAAUUUGUUGAUGCGUGUUUGAAAGUUGUACAGCCACAAAGUGAUGAUGACAAAUAAGAAUAUGAAAUUAAAUUAAAAUUAUUUAUAAGACAAAAUACAAACUAAUUAUUUC